AUGGCGCUAGUGGAUGGCUGCGACCCUAUAACUGGAGAAUACUACUUAGAACGAAAUUCAAGGAUAGCAGAUCACAUCGUGGAUUUUUUCACUACAGGUAGCUUGCACAAGCCGCAAAACAUGUGCAUCGAGAAAUUCAAGGAAGAGCUGGCAUAUUGGCGUAUUAGUACUGACCACGUAAGUUCUAAAUCUUCUUAUGUAAAGGUUGUAAGAGAUGUCGCAACUACGUCACGAACAUUUCUAAUACUUCCUCCUGUGACGCUUCAGCAGUAAGC